CUGACAAUCAGUGGUUUUUACUGAUGAAUUAAAGAAAACUGGACAACUGAAUUUAAAUUAGUGAAAUUUUUACUGAUUCAGAUUUAGAGUGUACCACAAAAAUCAUAUAAAUUAGACAUCAGUAGUGAAACCAAUGGUAUAGUCAGACAUUUUUCGUAGUAGUUGUAGUUUUAUCGAAUUGCAAUAAUUUCCUUAUUAGUUGAAAAGGAUUAUUUCAGUGAGAGAAGAUCCUUCCACAUUGGCUUGAAAAUUCAGCUCCAGUAGCGAACCCUAUGUUUACCCGGAAUAAACUUCUGUACAACGAAUCAUAUUACUGGCUAUUAAUAACAAAAGAAGAAGCGCCGAUAAAUCUUUUGGAAAAAUUGCAUUUAGCAGUGAAUACAGAAAUGACACUUGCUCUACAAAAUACAGAAAAUAUUCUACUCUAUGAUGUCUAUAAUCCCAGCUUUCGUCAUGGUGGAAAACUAAAUGUCACCUUCAUGGGAACGUGGCAAUCUCACGAUGGCCUUAAAAUCGACUUCGAUCAGUAUAAAUACGAGCGACGUAGAAAUUUAAAUGGUCUUCAAUUAAAUUUUUCAAUAUUUCUUAGUCAGGAGCCGAAACCAGAUUUAAUGACCUAUUUGUCAGUACCAGAAAAUACACACUUAGAUUCUAUGCAUCGAUAUCAUUUUAAUUUAAUUCGUCAACUGAAGGACAUGUACAAUUUUUCAAUUCAUCUCACUCAGGGCACAAAUUGGGGUUAUCUUGUCAAUGGAACUUACACUGGAAUAAUGGGUGACAUGGCAAAGGGAAUAGUGGACAUUGGAGCCACUCCAUUCAUGUUUCUAAAGGAUCGUUUAGAUAUUUGUGAAUUUACAGUUCAAUCCUACGUGGCUAAAGGCGGUUUAAUGUUCCGUCAUCCGAAGAAAAAUAAUAUAAGAAACUCUUUUCUGAAGCCAUUUGAGGAGAAAGUAUGGUGGCUCAUGAUUAUGACGAUGAUAUUAAUUUGGAUUUUAAUUAUUAUCACUGCCAAAAUGGAGCAAAAAUAUAAUGCCGAUUUUAAAAUGAAGAAACCAUUAGUCGCUCUGGACGGCGCUCUUGAUGUGAUGGGAUCAACUUGUUUACAGGAUUGUUUCGAGAUUCCUCGCUUUUAUUCGGGUCGCAUUGUCUAUAUUACAUUAUUUGUUUGGGGAUUUUUAAUGUCUCAAUAUUAUUCGGCCUCGAUAGUUGGUUCUCUGCUUGCCGAACCAACUAGAUUCAUUAAUACCAUUGAGGAUCUUGCCAACAGUGAUUUGGAAGUUGGUGUCGAGGACGUUGGCUACAUUCGUAAUUUUUUCGCGACAACCAAUGAUCAACACGUUAUUAAUUUAUAUAAUAAAAAAAUAGCACCAAAUAAAAAAAGAAAGACGGCCAAUUAUUUGAAAGCUCACGACGGUCUUCAACGAGUUAAAAAAGGCGGUUUCGCUUUUCAAAUAGAGUCAGCAACUGCCUACAAAAUAGUAGACGACACAUUCACAGAAGAGGAAAUAUGUGAAUUAGUGGUAAUUCUUAUGGUACCUACAGAGUCUCUAGCAACUGCAACUGUGAAAAAUUCGCCUUUCAAAAAAAUGGUUACUUACGGACUGAGACAAAUUGUUGAACAUGGAAAUGCAGAAAAAUUAAAACGUAUCUGGCAAUAUAAAAAACCAACGUGUCCAGAAAGUUUCAGUUCAAUACCAACACCGGUUGUAUUAACAGAUUUUUUCCCACUGAUAUUUUUAAUAUCAACUGCAUCGGGUCUCGCCGUAUUUAUCAUGAUUCUUGAAAAUGUGAUGAGAAAAAUUCACUAUAAAUAAUUUAUUAUUG